ACGAAAGGAACACAAAAUUGACUUCCGUUGUCUGUUAUGACACCUUCUUUAGCCACGGAGCCUGCAGUACAUAUGGGGAAGAUAGAUACCUACAUACUUAUAUGUGUUGGGUGUUGUUCAGCUUGACGACUGCUACACGUGUUUCCUCUUCUCGACGACCAAAAAAGUGAAAAUUAUACUUCAGCAGGCAGCGACCUUCCAUCAGUCUGUCGCCCAGCCAUGUCCGUUGCCAAGCUGGAGGAAUUCAGCAUCAAGCCGCAGGCAUCGACACCGACACUCGACACUACCACCUGGCCGCUUCUCCUCAAGAACUAUGAAAAGCUCUUGACCCGUACGGGCCACUUCACCCCAAUCCCAUGCGGCUACUCUCCUCUCAAGCGGCCGCUCAAGGAGUAUGUCUCGUCCGGUGUCAUCAACCUCGACAAGCCCUCCAAUCCUUCUUCUCACGAGGUCGUUGCUUGGGUCAAGAAGAUUUUGCGUUGUGACAAGACUGGUCACAGUGGAACACUUGACCCGAAGGUUACAGGCUGUCUGAUUGUGUGUAUUGACCGGGCCACCCGACUCGUCAAGUCACAGCAAGGUGCAGGAAAGGAGUAUGUUGCAGUCUUGCGUCUGCACGACAAAAUUGGCUCGGAGAAGAAGCUUGCAUGGGCACUCGAGACACUCACGGGCGCUCUCUUCCAGCGCCCACCGCUCAUCUCUGCCGUCAAGCGUCAAUUGCGUAUUCGUACGAUUCACGAAUCCAAGUUGCUUGAGUUCGAUGACGAACGCAACCUCGCCGUCUUCUGGGUCAGCUGCGAGGCCGGUACCUACAUUCGAACACUCUGCGUACACUUGGGUCUACUUCUUGGCGUCGGUGCGCACAUGCAGGAGCUGCGUCGUGUCCGUUCGGGCGCCUUGGGUGAGAAUGACAAUGUCGUCUCCAUGCACGAUGUUUUGGAUGCGCAAUGGACAUACGACAACACCAAGGAUGAGUCUUAUCUGCGGCGCGUCAUCCGUCCGCUGGAGUCUCUCUUGACUGGUUACAAGCGUGUUGUUGUGAAAGACAGUGCCGUCAAUGCAGUCUGCUACGGUGCAAAACUCAUGAUUCCGGGUUUGCUGCGUUAUGAAGCUGGCAUUGAGAUGAAUGAGGAAGUGGUCCUCAUGACAACCAAAGGUGAGGCGAUCGCUCUGGGUAUUGCACAAAUGUCAACUGUUGAGUUAUCGACGUGCGACCACGGCGUCGUUGCCAAGAUCAAGCGUGUCAUCAUGGAGCGUGACCUCUAUCCUCGACGAUGGGGUCUGGGACCUCAGAGUAUGAAGAAGAAAGGACUCAAGGCAGAGGGCAAGCUCGACAAGUAUGGCCGAAUUAAUGAAAACACCCCGGCAGACUGGAAGUCAAACUAUAAAGACUACGGCGCAGAGGCUGGUGAGGCGAAUGGCGAAUUUGCAGCAGCACCGCCAGUCGCAUCUAUCGCAGCACCUGCCACGAAAACCGAGACGGAUGAAGCAAGUGACAAGAAGAUUGGCAAGAGAAAGGCAGAGAGUGAUGUGGAGGAGACGAAGGAAGAGCGCAAAGCAAGGAAGGCCGCAAAGAAGGCUAAAAAGGCUGCCAAGGAAGCCGAAUGAUUGCAUGCAAACUAUUCAGGUCGCUAUCCCUAGCUUAAAAUGAUUGAUUGAAGUACUUGUAAAUUCAGGGCGUGCCCUCUGCUGAUUCGAAUUUGGAGCUCGGCCAGUUGCAAGUCUCGCAAAUGCGAGCGCUCAUCCGUUCAUCAAGCUUGAGUUGACGCGCCGGGACGAUGUACUUUCUUAAUGCUUUGAGCACGCUCGCUGCAGCUUCAGACUAUUGGUGUGGAUGCUGAGUACUACGACUAGCGAUCACAAAGCAACUCAUGAGAACAUCAGCUGACAGUAGUGACCAAUGUAUCAGGAUUUCGUUGCAAUUGAAUGAUGCUUCAGAGUGCGGACUUCGGUUGAGCGUGUCGAGACUCCAGAUGCUAGAGGACGUGAGAGUCUGAGACUGUGCAGUCUGUGC